AUGAACAGGAAGAAUCACAAUUUCCCAGACACAUAUCUGAUUACUGGCGAGGCCGAGAACCACAAAAACACUGCCGAAACAGCCAAUGGAAGGCUAGCCCUGAAGUACCAGCACGUAAGCAUCGGCAACUACCUGGAUAGCGAACACUAUUCGCCAUCCUUUAAAUAUGAUUACCUGAUUCCCCUACUCUGGAGCAUGGCCCCUGACAGAGCUCUGAUGGACUUUCCAGUCACGUCGCUGGUCAAAUAUCUGUGGAACCACGAGUUGUACCGUGAUGACGAGCCAGACUGGGUGACGAUACCGGGAGGUGCCGCACAAUUUAUCCGUGCUGUGACAGAAGAUCACCCAGACGACUGUAAGCAUACAGCGACCGAGAUUACGGAAGUGGUGCCUGAGGUGGACGGCAAGGUCUUGCUUCGGACAAAAACUGAAGAGUUUCUUUUCGACCAUGUUAUCCUGGCAGUGCAGGCAGACCGAGCCUUGGACCUGCUUGGAGAUUCCGCGACGCCACAAGAAAGGGAGAUCCUCGAGUGUUUUCGAACAACUCAAAGUAUUGCCGUGCUUCAUGCUGAUACUUCGUUAUUGCCCAAGCAACCGACUGUCUGUACUAUUUCCAAUCAUGACGAUGAAACGCCGUUGCCACGCCAGGAGGUUCACAGCACGUCCAAAAUGUGUUUAACGUACUGCUUGAAUAGACUGCAACAGAUCCCAGAGGAGCACUUUGACCCGCUCCUUCUGACAGUCAAUCCAAUUCACCCACCUUGUCCAGACUUGAUUCGGAGGAUCGAUGAAUACUCUCAUCCAGUGUAUGACGCUCAAACGGUAAAGGCACAGAAAUUGUUGCACAACAUCCAGAAUAAGCGAGGGAUCAGCUAUUGCGGUGCAUGGACGAGACAUGGUUUGCACGAGGAAUGCUUCGACAGUGGGCUAAGAGUCGCCCAGGACCACUUUGGGGCGAUGUUGCCUUUUGAAUUUGUCGAUUGGUGGUCUCUUCCAACCAAGAGGCCGCCUGCAAACCCGUGGGAAUGUUUCACCCGAUUUUGGCUGUUCCUCAUGUGGUUCUGCACAUCAUUGUGGGGUUUCCUGACCGCUACUAUGGGUUUGGUUCUGAAAAAGCGGCGGACAAGGACGAAAGGGUCGUGA